GCAGCAUCCGGGGAUGCGGGCUGCCGUUAAAACCCAAAGAACAAGAAAAAGAACGAGGCGCCAAAAUUUGUGCUUAUCCUUCUUGAACGAAGGGAGAGAGGAAAUAUAAUGAAUCAUGAAUCUAAAAGGCAAAGGAAUCGCUGAGUCAAACCCCAACAGUGAUGGAGACGCCAUCAAGGUGUUCGUGCGAGUUCGGCCGCUGACUCAAGGCACGGGGUUAACGACGGAUGGCGAUCACAGCCUGUGUUUGACCGUUAGCUCGCCACACACCGUCAGGCUUCAUUGCAAACCGGAGCCUCGAACCUUCACCUACGACCACGUGGCCGACACGAACACAAACCAGGAGGAGGUUUUCUCCUGUGUGGCUAAAAACAUCGUGGAGUCGUGCAUGAACGGAUACAACGGGACCAUUUUUGCCUACGGACAGACGGGCUCAGGAAAGACCUUCACCAUGUUGGGUCCCUCAGAGCUGGAUAACUUUUCUGAUGAGCUGCGCGGUGUGAUUCCUCGAAGUUUCGAAUACCUCUUCUUCCUCAUCAACAAAGAGGUGGAACGGUCUGGUGGGACGAAGAGCUUCCUCUGCAAGUGCUCAUUCAUAGAGAUCUACAAUGAGCAGAUUUAUGACCUAUUGGACAGCGUGUCUACCAGCCUGUUCCUGCGAGAGGACAUCAAGAGGGGCGUCUUUGUAGAAGGAGCUGUGGAGAAAUACGCAGCAUCUGCCGCGGAGGCCUAUCAGGUGUUGUCGAUGGGAUGGAGGAACAGGCGAGUGGCGUCAACCUCGAUGAACCGUGAGUCGUCUCGUUCGCAUGCAGUGUUUACCAUGACGCUGGAGUCGAAGGAGACCGGACAGGACGUGGUCAACAUCAGAACCUCUCAGCUCAACCUGGUAGAUCUUGCCGGCUCAGAGAGACAGAGGGACACGCAUGCCGAGGGGUCACGGCUCAAGGAGGCGAGCAGCAUAAACCGGUCCCUGAUGUGUCUCGGUCAGGUGAUCAUGGCCCUGAUGGAUGUGUCGAAUGGGAGGAACCGUCAUAUUUGUUAUAGAGACUCUAAACUGACCUUCCUGCUGAGGGACUCUUUGGGCGGAAACGCUAAGACGUACAUCAUCGCUAAUGUUCAUCCCGGUUCCAAGUGCUUCGGAGAGACUCUCUCAACUCUGCAGUUCGCUCAGAGAGCCAAACUCAUCAAAAAUAAGGCUAUGGUGAAUGAGGAUACUCAGGGUAAUGUCAGACAACUGCAAGCGGAAGUAAGAAAACUGAAGGAACAGCUCGCAAAUGCUCUUUCACAAGCGGGCGUCACGCAGGUCACGCCGUCAGACCGGCAAACGGCACACUCUGAGGUGUCCUACAAGACUCAGUUCAUUCAGGCCAUGGGUUUCUGGAAGAAGGCGCAGGAGGAGAAGAAGGCUCUUCAGGGUAAAGUGUCUCAGCUGGAAGCUGCCUGGGCUCAGAAGGAGAAAUUCAUCCAGUCCAGCCGCAUGAUCCUGAAGUUCAGAGACGAUCAUAUCGCUCAGCUGAAGAGAGAACUUCAGACAGGCCAGAGAUCAGACCCUGAUCCGCAGAACCAGCAGCUGCUGGAAGAGAUAUGUCUGCUUCGGGAGCAGGUGGAGCACCACCCACGGAUGACGCGCUAUGCCGCGGAGAACUGUGCCCUGCGGGAGCAGGUCCGAGCGCUGCGUUCUCUGGACUCUGUGCGUUCCGCGGUCGAGACCAAGGUUCAGGCAGUAACCGCACUGGAAAAAACCUUCCUGCAACUGCUGGAGGCUCAGAGAACGGAGGAGAGCACAGGAGCUCUGCCCACCUACUCCACGCCUGUCACCAUGGAGACACUCUCCUCAGUUUCUGUUGAGCGGAUGAAGGUUCAGCUGCUGCAAAAGCAGUCAGAGCUCACAGCCACAAUUCAAGCCUUCGAGGAGUACAAGGAGGUCAACAAAAAGCAGCUGGAUGAGCUGGAAUCUGAGAAGCGCUACCUUGAGAAGUCCAACAAUCAUCUGGAGAAGAUCCUAGAGGCCACUAAAGCCCACAGCAAACAUGAAGUGUCUCAACUCAACAAGAUUCACGCCGAGACCAUAAAGAUUUUGACCACACCCACGAAAGCGUAUAACCUGCGAAAUCGACUGGUGCCGCUGUCUAGCCCAGAGCAUCUGAACGGGCAGGACGACAAUGUCGACGUUGAUGACAUCCAGAACGAACAGCCACCUCCUGAGAUGAACGACCUCGCCUGUGAAGCACUCGCUGAAGAGCUCAAACAAGUGCAGGAACAGACUCUUCGUGUUCAGAGCCAGUUGGACGAGGAGGAAGCCAAGAACAGGAAGCUGCUUCAACAAAUCGGCAAGCUGGAGGAACAGCUUACCACCACCACGGAGAAAUCCAGUCGCACCGAGGAGAUGUUUGGUGCCGAGCGACACUCACUGCUGGAAGAACAACAGCGUCUGCAGGAAAGGAUCAGGACUUCGGAACAGCAGCUGGAAAAUGAACAGAGAGACAUGGAUGUGCUGCGGGUGGAGGUGCGAGAUCUGCGUGUUGUCUUGCAGUCCUCUGAUAAGGAGCUGGAGGCCACGCGGACAGAACUGCAGCGGCAGAAAGCAGAGCACGAGAAGGAGACCACCGAUCUGAUCAGCACACAGCUGCAGCUGGGCACCGUCAAGCUUGAGUGGGAGCAGGUGCUGGAGAAGCAGCGUGUUCUUCAGGAUACGUAUGACACGCUGCAGGCCGAGUUUCAGUUUGAGCUGGAUCAACACGCGCAGCAGAUGGGGCUCAAGAGCAGGGAGUGCUCGGAAAUGCAAGUCAAGAUCAAUGAGUUGCUGCAUGCUCUUCAGGAAGAGAAAGAGCAGAACAACAGUGUGAGAUCCCAGCUGACCGCACACAGAGAGAGCGUGUCCAAGGAGCUUGUGCAGUCUGUUGAAGAGAAUGCUUCCCUGAACAAACACAUCACUGAGCUGACAAACAAAACUCAACAACAGAGCGACGAGAUCGGUGCUCUACAGCAGAGUGUUUGUUCGUCCAACAUGACGAUCAACAGCCUCAAGCAGAAGAUCGAACAGGACAAAGAUGUGGUGCUGGAGUUGAUGCAGGAGACCAGAGAUCUUCGAAACGAAGUGGCUGAAAGAGAUCAGACUGUGUGUUUGCUGCAAGGAGAGAUCACUGACAUCAGCGGGAAAUACAGCUGUGUUUGCACUGAGAAAGAGCAGAUGAAGGAGAGCACGACACGGAUGCAGAAUGAACUGCAAGAGCUGCGAGAAGUUUCAGAGAGACGCCUCGCUUCUGACCGCAUAGAGUUGGAGCUGCUCCAGGACGAUCUGUCUUACGCUACAGAGGAGGUGGAGAGACUCAGUAAAGUGGUGGAGGAACAGGCUGCUUUACUGGAGAAUUUACGGACCCUGAACACGGAGAAAGAGAACAAUAUAAACUCCCUGAAAGAACAGGUGGAACAGCUGAAUGAGGAGAUUAAACCUCUGAGAGUGAGAGAGUCUGUCCGUCAACCUCCAGAAGCCGCCACUCCCAAAGGAAAAACACAGACACCGCAGACCCCGUGUGGCUUCGGCUCGAGUCUGUCUCAGGUGCUGGAGUGUCAGGAGAGAGAGCUGGAGAGCCGACGCUCCUCCAUGAUCACCAUGGAGGUUCUGCUGAAAGAACUAAAUGCAGAACGCACAGCUAAGAACCAAGAGAUCGACAGAUUAAAGGCCCAGUUGAAUGAAAAAGAGAUCGUGCGAAUGGAGAUUCAGACGCUGCUGGACAAGUUUUACACCGUCCAAAAUCAACACAAACCGAGUGGCAGUGCGCAAGAAGAUAUGAGGGAGGCCAUACACGUUUCUGUUUUGAGAGAACUACAAGAGGAGAAGAAAAUAAAAAACUCCCUAAUGACACAGCUAGCUGAUGCUCAUACAGAUCUGCAGCGCAAGGAUGUCACUCUUGUUCAGUCUCAGACGUGUGUGCAGGAGCUGACCACAGAGCUUAGGAACCGCUGCCUGGAGCUCCGGGAUCUGCGGGAGAAAGACCUUCAGCAGGAGAAACAGCAGCAGGUCAGAGAGAAAGCAGAAAUCGAGGUUCUGAGAAAGCAGGUGGACCAUCUGACCGAGGAGAAUGGAAAACUGUUGGGUCAUCAGAACCCCAAGCAGAAGAUUGAGUACCUGGUCAAACUGAAAAAGGAGAUCACCAAACUACAGGAGGAGAAUGGCAAACUCAGGCAGUGCCUUCACAUGGAAGAAAGUCCUAACAACACAAGCCUAUAACAUGCUCAUCCUGAAUACGCUUGACCUUCAAACUAAAUGAUUAGAUUGCAUCAUUUUUUUUAUUGUUUUAAAAAUCAGACAAACCCAACUGUUUCUUUGUUUGAUGGUUCACUUCUAUUUCCUAUUCUAAAUGUUAGCUCGUUGUAUGCAAUGCAUUAAUUGUAAUUAUUUUUUUAAGAAAUUAAAGCUACUCUUAAAAAAAAAAA